AUGGGUGCGGAACACGGUCCUAAGGACCUUCAGAAGAAGCCUGUGAGCUUUUCCAACAUUGCCCUGGGAGCGGCGUUGAAUAUGUGCGAGGUCACGACGCUUGGGCAACCGCUUGAGGUCACCAAAACGACCAUGGCCGCAAACCGGCAGUUCGGCUUUUCGCAGGCGGUGCGGCACGUGUGGUCGCGUGGGGGCGUGUUCGGCUUUUACCAGGGGCUGAUUCCGUGGGCUUGGAUUGAGGCGUCGACCAAGGGCGCGGUGCUGCUGUUUGUUUCUGCGGAGGCCGAGUACCAGUUUCGGCGGCUUGGUCUCAGCAACUUCGGUGCAGGCAUCCUGGGCGGGGUGUCUGGCGGCGUAGCGCAGGCGUACCUGACUAUGGGAUUCUGCACGUGCAUGAAGACGGUCGAGAUCACGCGCAGCAAGGCUGCGUCAGCUCCCGGAGUGCCCGUGCCCUCUUCGCUGCAGGUGUUUAAGCAGAUCUUCGCUGCCGAGGGGCUGCGCGGGAUUAACAAGGGGGUGAACGCGGUGGCGAUAAGGCAGAUGACCAACUGGGGGUCGCGCUUUGGCCUGUCCAGACUGGUGGAGGACGGGAUCCGGCGCGUGACCCACAAGCGGAGCGACGAGAAGCUGAGCGCGAUGGAGAAAAUAGUGGCGUCUGCCCUGGGCGGCGGGCUGAGCGCGUGGAACCAGCCCAUCGAGGUGAUCCGGGUGGAGAUGCAGUCGCGCACGAACGACCCCAACCGGCCCAAGAACCUGACGGUGGGCAAGACGUUCCGCUACAUUUACGAGAACAACGGCCUACGCGGGCUGUACCGCGGCGUGACGCCGCGGAUUGGCCUGGGUGUGUGGCAGACUAUCUUCAUGGUAGGCUUUGGAGAUAUCGCCAGGGACUUUGUGGGGCGGCUAACAGGUGAGACUCCUGUGGGCCACUAG